AUGAGUAGUAAUACCCCAGAACUGCCACCAGUAUAUAAGGAUGAGCAACUUCCUGGUUAUGCUCCUAGUGUGGGUUUCUAUGGAAUGGCGUUGAUGAAGACUGAGUUUAAAACUCCUUACCAUUAUAACGAUGGGAAGAGGUCGUGGAAGCCUAUUCUAUUAGAAAUAAACUCAACACAGCUUAAUAUAUAUCAUCUCGACGUUGAUAAGAAGCUUGAGACUUUAAUAAUUGCACUUUACAAUGAAUUGAAUCAGCUCAACGAUUUAGCACAAAAUAUAACUGAACAACGUAGGUUGCUGGGUGACUCUUCACUUAUGGAUGCUGAUUUUUUAACAGAUGACGCGUAUGGCGGUAGUACUCAGAACUCUUUCCGUCUCAGCAUGACUGAUUCGCUCAAAUCGAAGUGGCAGAAGUCAAAAUUUCUGCUGCUGCUUGAUAAGGCUUUGCCGUUGUAUUAUUCCAUAUUGAAAGAAAAUAGAAUGUUGUUUGAGCCUACUAAUUCGUCAGAAGAGUUCAAAAAGUUCAAAUUUAAGGGCCCUUUGAUGCAUUCGUACACUUUAUCGAACUUGGCUGUUGGGGAAGCUCCAUCUUUGAAUCAUUUGAUAUCAGCAAUGUACAAAGAGGACUAUAUUGCAGGGUUGGACCGUAAUAUGGCCACUUUAGUGAAGUAUAAAAAUGUUUUAAGGGUUAGAGUUGAGCUUAAACAGCUUUUAUUCCAGUUUUGGUCAUUCUAUGGCAUGUUGCAUUGGUUUAGAAACUUGGUGAUCGGUAAAGAUUUGGCAUUGCCAGUUGAUGAACGAAAGAUUUCGAAGAUGAAAACCAUUCCAAGUAGAUGCAACACAACCAAUAACGCACUCCUAUAUGCUACAGCUGCGGCUGCCAGUUAUGCUGGAGGAGGUGCUGAAUACGAGGAUGUAUUCAAUCCUAGCCAGGUUUGCUUCGACCGCUGUACGAGUGAUUCAGAUAACUCCAAAAGUUAUUAUAUUCUGGUUCCCCAGCAUAACGGUAGUUCGGUUUCAUCUAUUGAUGGAUCGGUAUUUUCCGAAAAUGAACGGGGGAGUCUCGUCUCAAACGAAACUUCCGUUACGUCUCUAUCGUCUUAUACCUCAGAGAAGUUUUUUGUUCAGUUCAAAAAUUUGAAACUAUUUUCACUUAAUCAAUAUUAUUCGACCUUGGAGAAGCAAUAUAUUUCUAAUACCAUACCCGACCUUAAUUCCUAUGAUAAGUGGAUUGGUACUCCUUUAACGAUAUCAAGCUACUCUGAAUACUUGUCUGAAGCUCAGAAGAAGGAUUGUUCCAGCAACCAAAAGGCUAAUUUAUUAAUAUCUGUUCUAAACUUAGAAAACAUUGCAAAUCGCAAUGAGAAAUAUUCUGGCCUAGGAAAAAUAAGUGAUAACCUGCUUUGCUGCCGAAAUUUUUUGGUGCAUGAAGAGGGACUAGUCAGCGUUAUCGACUAA